ACAUUAGCGCUAGGUCACACAAAGGAAGCAGACAGUGGAAAGGUUACACCGAUUACAGAACCCAACGUUACCGCCACUGAGAGUGAAUAUCGACUUAUGAGUCAACAAAGUGAGGUGUGACAUGGAUAUGGGAAUCAACAAUUCCGGCAAAGUACUAUCCACCAACAAAUUCUAUUACACGCAGGACUAUACACUUAAAGCCACACGGAAAAUAUAACUGUGCAAUACGAUUCGGAUUACAAGGAUUACCCAUUCUUCACCGAUUCCUCAAACAACAUCAUAACCUCGCCAAAAUGACUUGAAUUCAAUGCAAGGUUAGUAUUGAGUCUCUAGAAGUUAUUUUGUAGCCUACUCUUCCCAGUGACAUCUCCAAACUGUGGACUACCAUUAACCACCGUCUUGCAAGAUAAGAGCCAAUCAUACUUCUUGUGGAGUUGACAGUUAUUCGAGGAUUUUGGUGGAGUCAAAAUGCAGAGUGCAGUCUCCUCUCUUCCAUUAUGUCUCGGAUUGGUACUUUUGAAGUUUACAAUGAUUCUAACGGUGUCAGGACAGGGCUGGUUAGACCCCCUCACGACGUACGUCCCAUCGGGAAGGAACACAUCCCUGAGAUGCGCGUUCAUCGUUAUGCCAUCCUCUAGCAAUGCCUCUCAGCCAAUGAACGCGUCCAACGCAAUCACGUGGUCGGAUACAGGAAUACCAAUAUUUUCAGAGACAAUCCGCCUGACGCAAGAAGCAAAGUACGACAAUUUUCGCACCAGUGUUCAGGCCAAUGAAGAAUUCGUCGAAUCUAUUUUACAUAUCACCCUGGCUGGCCAAGAAGAUGAAGGAAUGUUUACGUGUAUCCAUGGAGAUGAUUCGGGAAAUGUGACGUCACAAAUGGCUAAUCUGUAUGUAGAAGACCCUCCUUCAUCAACGACGCAAUGUAAUGAUCAUCUCUACAGGAACCUCUCCAUAGCAUUCGGGGUCAUCAUCUGUAUUCUGGUUUUCCUUCUUGCACUCUUUAUUUUUAUCUUUCAGCGAAGGAGGGAGAGAAAACCAGACUCAGGGCGUAAGCAAACGAAUCACAUCAGUGGCAACGAAAACCUUGCAAACGAGGCUUCAUCCGAGAUGAGGAUGUAUGGAAAUGUUGCUACGACUGAACGAGAGCUGACUGGCAAACAAGUUGGGGCCAAGGUACCGUCUAGAAACAUUCGAUUUUACUCCCAGAUUGGAUCCAUUGGUGUCACCCCGUUCGGUCAGGUUUGGAAAGGGGAGAUUCGAGGUGUACCAGGAAAAGAGAAAAAGAAGAUCGAAGCAGCAAUAAGAGAUUUAUCAGGUGUCGUUGGUAUAAAGAAUAAUCUUCUAGACAUCGUGAAUACCUUAUGGGCUCUCCCUGGUCAUAUCAAUGUGGUCAAGUGUCUUGGAUGCUGCUUAGAACAGUCGUUCAUCGUGUAUGAAUACAUUCCGUACGGCACUCUGCUAACGUACCUACAAACCAACGCAGGAAAGACUCGAUCAACGUACAAGGCUUACGUCAAUGUUAGAUCUAUUGUUCGACGGGUCAAGGAACCGGAACUACUUACGUUUGCCUGGCAGAUCGCAAAAGGAAUGGAGUUUCUAGCUUCACAAAAGGUUGUCCAUGGGAACCUGCGAGCCAGCAACGUCCUUUUGUCAGAAAAUAAAAUAUGUAAGAUUGCAGACUACGGUUUGACAAGGAUCUCUUCUCCAAAAAAGACGAUACAUCGAUGGCUAUCACCUGAAGCAAUAUUAACCGGUAGGUGCACUACCGAUAGUGAUGUAUGGUCUUAUGGUGUUCUCCUCUGGGAGCUGGUUACCCUCGGCGCUCAGCCUUACCCUGGUGUCAACGAUGAUGAAUUAGAAGACAGGAUCUCCAAGGGAUAUAAGAUGAGGAGACCAAGGCACUGUGGGGAAGAUUUGUUUAAGAUUAUCAGUAAUUGUUGGAAGACGGACACAAAUCAACGUAAUUCGUUCCUCGAUAUGCAAACCAAAAUUGGUUGGAUGUUGGAAGGUUCUAAUGAUUACCUGUCAUUGAACAGAAUGAGUGACGAGGAUAUUUACACCGACAUUAUCGAACCGGAAUAAAGGCCACAACUUCAUUUUUAUCCAAUUUCCUUCCAUAAAUUAGAAACACUGAAAGUUCUAAACAAAGCUCA